AGAUUUGGUUUUCAAUAAUUGCAGGACUAUUUACCAUGUCUUCCAGCCUGGAGACAUGUGAAUACUAUUCCUGUUGCUAAACAUGAAUACCUUGAACUGUAAAUGUUAUCUUUCCUUCUCAAACUUUGUAAGCAUUCCAUGCGUGCAGCCAUGUAUGAGUUGAAGCCAAUUCAAUUGGGCUGUGAGGUAUUUGGCUUUGACCUCCUCACAGACCCUUCUGCUGAAAUGAUGGAGCAAAUCAAGGAUGAUCUAGCCAGGCACAGAAUCUUGGUGUUCCGAAAUCAAGGGCAAGUUCCUGGGAAAAGGCAUGUAGAGAUAAGUUGGUGGUUUGGAGAGCCUGAAUCAACAUUCUACAAGCAUCCUAAAUCUCCUGAUCCAGAUGUUUUUCGAGUCUCAAAUGACCCAAAGGAAGGCUGCACAGGUGUGGGGAGGACAGGGUGGCAUAUCGAUGGGACAUUCCAGCAGGCUCCCUUCUCCUAUUCCCUAUACCAUAUGUGGAGUGUACCUAAGGAGGGGGACACUAUUUUCCUUCCUUUGAAUGAGCUGAUAGAGGGCUUGUCUUCUGAGCGGAAAGGGAGAUGGGAGCGGCUGUAUAUGAUAUCAGAUCGACGUGGAGGACCUGUUCAUCCACUCAUCUAUUCACAUCCCAUCACAAAGAAGAAGACAAUGUGCUUCCACCUUGGAAUGACAGAGGCUUUCAUGUGGGAUAAGGGGACGUCCAAGCAGAGGAUCACCUGUCCGCAGGAGACCGCCGAGAUCCUGCAGGAGAUCGAAGAUGAGAUAGAGAAGAGGCAGAAACACCUCCAGUAUUCACACAAAUGGGAAGUGGGAGACUUCAUGAUAUCCGACAACCUGGCGGUGGGUCACUUCGCCAGUCCGCAGACGCAGCAUCCGGUCGGGGAGGUCGGCCUGCGGGUCCUCCACCGUACCACCAUCAAGGGCUUCUAUCCUCCUCAAAAAGAGUACUGAACUGAGUACUGCAUACUUUUCAUUCCUUCCUUUCCCUAGCUUUGUCCCCAUCUGAAACUCUAAUCCGCAUCAUUUCCUCCUUGUUCCUCCUAAACUG